UACAAAAAGAACUGUACUACUGUAUUCAUCUUCCUCGAGAGCAGAGCACCGCUUAGCUCGAUUUUCAUAUUCUUGUUCGUAAAUUUAUCUUCUUCUGUAGCUAAUUUUGACUGAAAAGUUUUAGUCUUUCACCCCCCUCAUCGGAUGGAGGUUUCUUCUUUCUCCACUGUACCCAGUUUUUGCUACUCAUCCUCUGUUCCAGAAUCGUGUCGAUUUAGAGGAGUCAAAGUUCGAUUAUGGGACCAAUCUCUUGUCCCCGUUCGAUUGAGCAUACCAAGAAGAACACCUCGUGAUUUGGUAGGUUUUAGAUUCAUGUUAGACUCUCUUUGGUUUCGCUUAAAUCUUGUAAUCGACCGAUUGUUUCAGGUUUCGUGUUGUCAGAAGAGAGAUGUCACUGUCGUUGAUGGAAGCUGUAUGGAUGAGAUAUAUGAUAAGUUGGCGGAACGUCUUGUCCCUACAUCAGCUGCAAUGUUUAGCCCCAAUGUUAAACGUUUGGUCGGUCUGGCUGGUCCUCCUGGUGCGGGUAAAAGCACGUUAGCAUAUGAAGUUGUGAGUCGUAUAAAUAGCUUAUGGCCUCAGAAAGCUGCUUCUUUUGACGCUGAGGUUAUGCCGCCUGAUGUCGCUACAGUGCUUCCCAUGGAUGGGUUCCACUUGUAUCGUUCCCAGCUUGAUGCCAUGGAGGAUCCUAAAGAAGCUCACGCGAGAAGAGGAGCUCCUUGGACUUUUAAUCCUGCACUAUUGCUCAACUGUUUAAAGAAGCUGAGAAACGAGGGCUCAGUCUAUGUGCCAUCAUUCGAUCAUGGAGUUGGAGAUCCAGUUGAAGAUGAUAUCUUUGUUAGCCUCCAGCAUAAAGUGGUGAUUGUUGAGGGAAACUAUUUGCUGUUAGAAGAAGGAACUUGGAAAGACAUCUCUGAUAUGUUUGAUGAGAAGUGGUUCAUUGAUGUCAAUCUCGACACCGCGAUGCAACGUGUUGAAGCCAGACAUAUCUCAACCGGUAAACCACCGGACGUUGCUAAAUGGCGGGUUGAUUAUAACGACAGGCCCAACGCAGAGCUGAUAGUGAAGUCAAAGACAAACGCUGAUGUACUGAUCAGAUCCGUCAGUUUUUGAAUCUGCUUUCUUGGCUACUGCAUUAAACUAACAGACAAAUAGACCAUGGAGAUGAGUACUAAAAACGCAAUCUUUUUCUCUCAGAUUUGUCUUUGUGAUCGACAAUGUCUUCUUUUUUUGGUGAUAUAAUAUUUCAAUAAGCAUUUCUGCA